GAGCAGUGUCAACGCCCUUGGCGCGAGGGAAGGUAGAGAAGUGUAACAGAGGGGCAGGUGCGCGGUCGUUAGCGCUCGGCCGUUAGCGGUUCCGCUCUGGCAACGGUCCGCGUAGCCUUAGUCCUCGGGGCCGCAAUCUCCCUGGGUCGUUGUCCGCAUGACCCGGCCCCCGUUUGCGCGCUCGCCCCCUUCGCCGGCGCAGUCACCGCGCGGGGCGGCCGCCCGUGAAGCAGAUACAACGAAUAAAGCUCCGGGACAGAGGCGCCCUCGACCACGACUGAGCUGGCGGCCCCGGCCGGGAGCGGCAGCCCGUGUGGUUCCGUGAGGAGUGAGCGGCGGAGGCGACCUCCGGCCCGGCCCCGCACCAGCCUCCCCGCAGGCGCGACAUGAUCCUGGUCUGGCCUCCGCGGGAUGCUCCUUGAGCCCUUUCGCCGGCUGUUACCUCCUGGGGACUGUUGUGGCCACACCGACACGUAUUUUCCAAACCAAUCAUUGUUUAUUAUUGUGGCGGCGGGGCCGAACACGCUUAUCUAUUUUUAAUUUUCUCAACAAGCUCUUACCCAGCCCUUAACCAGCGGAAACAACUCGGUAACCGUUUCAAAGAAGCAUCGGGCAGAUAGGAAAUCUCGGACUGAGCCGCUUGUGUAAACGCCUCCUUGCAACGACCCUUCUUCCGUGCUUUGAAGAUUGUUGCGUCUUCCCGUAACUACCAGUGUGCACAGAACCCCAUUCCAGAAACGUCUUGGUCCAGUGAUGCAAAGAACUGAAGUUUCAAGCUAGAAGAACCUGUAUUGUCCUCAUAAUAAUAUAGAAGAAUUUAAGAUAGGAGAGAGAGGCUGCAGCGAAUGAAGACUAUAAAAGAAAAGAAGAAGGAAUGUCAAAGAUUGAGAAAAUCUGCCAAGACAAGGGGGGUGACCCAGAGGAAGCCAUCUUCAGGGCCUGUAUGCCUGCUAUGCCUUCAAGAACCUGGGGAUCCUGAAAAAUUAGGGGAAUUUCUUCAAAAAGACAAUCUCAGCAUGCACUAUUUCUGUCUUAUUCUGUCCAGCAAGCUGCCUCAGCGGGGCCAGUCUAACAGAGGUUUCCAUGGAUUCCUGCCUGAAGACAUCAAAAAGGAGGCAGCCCGGGCUUCUAGGAAGAUCUGCUUUGUGUGCAAGAAAAAGGGAGCCACCAUCAACUGCCAGAAGGAUCAUUGCGUCAGAAACUUCCACCUUCCUUGUGGCCAAGAAAGGGGUUGCCUUUCACAAUUUUUUGGAGAGUACAAAUCAUUUUGUGAAAAACAUCGCCCAACACAGGACAUCCAAUGGGGGAAUGUUGGGGAGGAAGGCUGCGUCCUGUGUUGUGAAGACUUAUCCCACGCAAGUGUUGAAAACAUCCAGAGUCCAUGUUGUAGUCAAACUAUCUACCACCGCAAGUGCAUACAGAAAUAUGCCCACACAUCAGCAAAGCAUUUCUUCAAAUGUCCGCAUUGUAACAAUCGAGAAGAGUUUCCUCAAGAAAUGCUAAGAAUGGGAAUUCAUAUUCCAGACAGAGAUGCUGCCUGGGAACUCGAGCCAGGGGCUUUCUCAGACUUGUAUCAGCGCUAUCAGCACUGUGAUGCCCCCAUCUGUUUGUAUGAACAAGGCAGAGACAUCUUUGAAGAUGAAGGGAGGUGGAGCCUCGUUCUGUGUGCUACGUGUGGAUCCCAGGGAACCCAUAGGGAUUGCUCCUCUCUUAGAUCCAACAGUAAGAAAUGGGAGUGUGAGGAGUGUGCACCUUCCCCUGAAGUCACAGACUGAAAACUCAGGUGACAUCCCCUGCUGCCACAGCACUUUCUACUCUGGUGGGGGGGGUGGGGGGCAUUACUACAGAGACAUCAACCUGGAAGAGAAUCUGGGCCCUUCUUGGACUAAUUGUCCAGGACCUUCAUUAUUAAAGAAAUCAGAGUCCUCUGGCAGCAGGAGGGGCCACUUCUGGUGGGUGUCAAAAUAACUAAAAGCUGCAAAAAGUACAAAUAGUGGCUUCUAAGUAGUUGCUACCAAGCACAUUUGGGUACAAAACUGUUCCUCCAACAAGUUUGGGGAGGGACCACUUUAGGACUGUGAGGCCAGGAAACUACGGACCAAGGAAAGAGAAGUCCCAGAAGCGUGAGGACUGCGCAGUCCCGAGGCCAGCCAUGGAGUGUGUAUGUGGCUAUAACGGCUGGCACCUCUGCUCUUUCAGCCCAAUUCCCAGAGGGCCCUUUUUCUCUUCUUCCCCCCAAGGUUCUUCCACUCUAACAUGGUUCUCAUGUGCCUCUUCUUACAUCACCCAUGUUUGUAAUCCAAAUAAAG